AUGAAGCCUCUCCUCCUUGUAACGCUGCUGGGUUGUCUGGCCUCGGUGUUUGCAGCACCCGUUACUGUGAAGUGGUGCGUUAUAUCGGACGCAGAAUUGAGGAAAUGUUUGGACCUUUCAGCUCAUUCCCCGAUUUUCACCUGCGUGAAAAGGGACAGCGCACUGCAGUGCAUCAUUGCAAUCAAGGCAGGUGAAGCAGAUGCCAUCACUCUGAGUGGUACUGACAUCUACACAGCUGGAAUGAAAAACUAUGAGCUGGAACCAAUUAUUGCUGAAGACUACAGCCCCUCUUCUGACACCUGUCACUACGCUGUGGCUGUUGUGAAGAAGACCUCCACAUUUAAAAUCAGAGAUCUUCGGGGGAAGAAGUCUUGCCACACUGGACUGGGAGAUGUUGAAGGCUGGAAUAUUCCCAUAGGAACUCUAGUGUCCAUGGACAUACUUGAAUGGGCAGGCGUUGAAAACGAGCCUCUGGUAGAGGCCGUGGGGAAAUUUUUCCUGUCCAGCUGUGUUCCAGGGGCAACAGGGAAUCUGUGUCAUCUGUGCAAAGGAGACUGCUCCAAAUCUGACAGGGACCUUUACUAUGGUGAUGCUGGAGCCCUCAGGUGUCUGGAAGAAGAUGCUGGAGAAGUGGCAUUUGUCAAGCAUGGCACUGUUCCAGAUUCCAUAAAGGCCAACUAUGAGCUGCUAUGCAAAGACAACACCAGAGCUCCUAUCGACAACUAUAAAUCCUGCCACCUGGGUAGAGUACCUGCUCAUGCUGUUGUCUCCCGCAAGGACCCAGAAUUAUCCGAGUUAAUCUGGACGAGCCUCAACGCUGUACAGGUACAACACAAAGGCUUCAACAUCUUCUCCUCUGCACCAUAUGCACCUGCCAACAACCUGCUGUUCACAGACUCCACAGUGAGGCUUGUACAGGUGCCCUCAGACACAGAUUCCUUCCUUUACUUGGGUGCUGAAUUCAUGAGUAUCAUCCGUUCCCUUAAGAAAGAGCAAACCCCCAGCACUGUAUCCACUUCCAAUCCCAUUACAUGGUGCGCUGUGGGUCACGCUGAGACAAGCAAGUGUGAUAUGUGGACCGUCAACAGUGUGGACGAAAAUGAUCAGAAUGACAUUGCUUGCCAGACGGCCAACACAGUUGAAGAAUGUGUGAAAAUGAUUAUGAGCAAAGAGGCCGAUGCAAUGGCAAUGGAUGGAGGUCAGGUGUAUACAGCAGGAAAAUGUGGUCUGGUUCCUGUUAUGGCUGAGCAGUAUGAUGAAGGUAUAGUGCCUCAUAGCAUAAAAAACAUUGCAUAUAUUUCUGCCAUCUUUUCUUCAUUAGCCUCAUCUUACUAUGCUGUUGCUGUUGUUAAGAAGAAUUCUGGAGUAACUUGGGAAAACCUGCGAGGCAAGAGGUCUUGCCACACGGGCAUGGGUAGAACUGCUGGAUGGAACAUCCCUAUGGGUCAGAUUCACAAAGAGACUCGUGACUGUGACUUCACUAAGUUCUUCAGUAGCGGCUGUGCCCCUGGAGCAGACCCCACCUCUCCAUUCUGUACUCAGUGUGCUGGCAGCGGAAAAACUGUUGGAGAUGAGGCCAAAUGCAAAGCCAGCGCCGAAGAAAAGUACUAUGGCUACGCUGGGGCCUUUAGAUGUCUCGUUGAAGAUGCUGGUGAUGUUGCCUUCAUCAAACACACAAUAGUUCCAGAAAACUCGGAUGGCAAUGGUCCAGACUGGGCUAGGGGUUUGAGGUCUGCUGACUAUGAGCUGAUCUGCCCUGGGAAGGGUCCAGUACCAAUCACUGACUUUGCCUCAUGCAACCUGGCUCGUGUACCUGCACACGCUGUGAUGGCACGUCCAGAGAGUCGCAGUAAAGUACUCCGUAUUCUCCAGGACCAGCAGGCCAAGUUUGGUUCGAAUGGCAGUGAUCCCAAAUUCAGAAUGUUCCAGUCAGUUGACGGAAAGAACCUCCUCUUCAAAGACUCCACCAAGUGUCUCCAGGAAGUACAAGUUGACAACUAUGAAAGCUUCCUGGGCAGUGAAUACAUGAAUGCCAUGAGAUCACUCAGAGAGUGCAGUGGCAACACUCCAGAUCUGGAGAAAUCUUGCACUUUCCAUACUUGUCAGCAAAACAACUAUGUGGCUGUGGUAAAGAAGAACAGCAAAUUUCGCAUCAGAGGUCUUCAGGGGAAGAGGUCCUGCCACACUGGACUGGGAGACCCUGAAGGCUGGGUCACUCCCAUGGGAACUCUAAGGUCCCUUGGUCUGAUUCAUUGGCCUGAUGUUACAAAUAAACCUCUGAAGCAGGCUGUGAGCGAAUUCUUCCACUCCAGUUGUGUCCCAGGGGUGAUAAGUAGCCGUAACCUGUGCGACCUGUGCAAGGGAGACUGCACCAAGUCUGACAGGGAGCCUUUUUAUGGCAACAUUGGAGCUUUCAAGUGUCUGGAAGAAGAUGGUGGGGAAGUGGCAUUUGUCAGAAAUGAUGCUGUUCCAGAGUCUGAAAAGGCAAGGUAUGAGCUGCUAUGCCAAGACAACAGCAGAGCUCCUAUCGACAGUUAUAAAUUCUGCAACCUGGGCAAGGCUGGUGAAGACGAUGUCAUUACCACUGACGACCAAGACUCCUGUCACUACGCUGUGGCUGUAGUAAAGAAAGGCACAACAUUUGGAAUCAAUGAUCUUCGGGGGAAGAAAUCCUGCCACACUGGACUGGGGGACUUUGAAGGCUGGAUCUUGCCCGUAGGAAUUCUGCUGGCCAAGAGUCUAAUUAGGUGGUCAGGCAUUGAAGACACACCUCUGGAGGAAGCUGUAAGUGAAUUUUUCCAGUCCAGCUGUGUUCCAGGGGCAAAUGAGGCAAGAUGGGUAGGCAGAAAUCUGUGUCAUCUGUGCAGAGGAGACUGCUCCAAGUCUGAAAGGGAACCUUACUAUGGUGAUGCCGGAGCCUUCAGGUGCCUGGUAGAAAAUACUGGGGAAGUGGCGUUUAUCAAGCAUGACUCUGUUCCAGAUUCCGAAAAGGCCAACUAUGAGCUGCUAUGCAAAGACAACACCAGAGCUCCUAUCGACAACUAUAAAUCCUGCCACCUGGGUAGGGUACCUAAUCAUGCUGUUGUCUCCCGCAAGGACCCAGAAUUAGCCGAAUCAAUCUGGACGAGCCUCAAUGCUGUACCGGGCUUCAACCUCUUCUCCUCUGCACCAUUUGCACCUGCCAAAAACCUGAUGUUCACAGACUCCACACAGAGGCUUAUACGGGUGCCCCCAGACACAGAUUCCUUCCUUUACUUGGGUGCUGAACACAUGAGUAUCAUCCGCUCCCUGAGGAGAGAGCAAAUCCCAGACACUGUGUCCAAUACCAUUAAUUGGUGUGCUGUGGGUCAGGCUGAGGUAGCCAAAUGUGAUACCUGGGCCGUCAGCAAUAUGUACUAUUUUGAUGCAGUAGUAAGCAUUCACUGCGAAAUGGCCAACACAGUUGAAGAAUGUGUGAAAAAGAUUAUGCGUAAAGAAGCUGAUGCAGUAGCAGUGGAUGGAGGUCAGGUAUAUACAGCAGGAAAGUGUGGUCUGGUUCCUGUUAUGGUCGAGCAGUAUGAUGAAGCGAUGUGUGGCACUUCUGAAGGUGAAGUCUCCUCUUAUUAUGCUGUUGCUGUGGUUAAGAAGGGUUCAGCUGUGAACUGGGACAACUUGCAAGGCAAAAGGUCCUGUCACAGUGCCACUGGCAGAAGUGCAGGCUGGAACAUCCCUAUGGGUUACAUCUACACCAUGACAAAAACCUGCGACUUCACUAGGUUCUUCAGUAGUGGCUGUGCCCCUGGAGCACAGCCCACCUCUCCAUUCUGCACUCAGUGUGUUGGCAGUGGAAAAGUUGUACGAGAUGAAGCCAAGUGCAAACCUAACUCUGAUGAGCGAUACUAUGGCAAUACAGGGGCCUUUCGAUGUCUCGUUGAAGAUGCUGGUGAUGUUGCCUUCAUCAAACACACAACUGUUUUAGAAAAUACUGAUGGCAAUGGUCCAGACUGGGCUAGGACUUUGAGGUCUGCUGACUAUGAGCUGAUCUGCCCAGGGAAGGGUCCAGUACCAAUCACUGACUUUGCCUCAUGCAACCUGGCUCGUGUACCUGCACAUGCUGUAAUGGCACGUCCAGAGAGUCGCAGUGAAAUAGUCCGUAUUCUCCAGGAGCAGCAGGCCAAGUUUGGUCCUAAUGGCAGCGAGGCUACAUUCAGAAUGUUCCAGUCACAUGGAGGAACGGACCUCCUCUUCACAGACUCUACCAAGUGUCUCAAGGAAGUACAGGUUGACAACUAUGAAAGCUUCUUGGGCAGUGAAUACAUGACUGCCAUGAGAUUACUCAGAGAGUGCAGUGGCAACACUCCAGAUCUGGAGAAUUCUUGCUCUUUCCAUACCUGUCAAUAAACCAACUACUGGGGUGUGUAGAAAAUGUAGGCUCGAGUCUGAGACUCCCCUCAGUGAUUCAUGCACCUCAAACAUUCAACCCCAAAACAACAGAUUAUUAUUAUUUUUUUAUCUUGUUUCAGAUCAACAAAUUGACCACUACAACCAACAACCUUUUUUCAUACUGAUCAUAACUCUACCUGUGUUACUGAACUGAACA